AUGUCCCUCCCCAAAACAUUCAAAGCCGCUGUUAUCAACUCUGCGGGUGGUAACUUCGAAAUCGUCGAAAAGACCGUCGAAGCCCCUAAAGCAGGUACUAUUCUCGUCAAAGUCCUCGCCUGUGGUAUCUGUGCUAGCGAUGGCAUGGUCAAGUGGGGAAUGGUUCCCCUUCCUCGGGUUGCUGGCCACGAAAUAAUCGGUGACGUCGUCGCCGUACCCUCCGGCGAAACACGUUUCAAAGUUGGAGACCGUAUUGGCUCUGGCUGGCACGGAGGACACUGCAACAACUGCGGUUCUUGCAAGGAAAACGACUUCAUCACUUGCUCUUCCGAGGCUAUUAAUGGUGUCACCCAAGAUGGUGCCUACGCUGAAUACGUUACUCUUCGUACCGAAGCAGUUCUUCCCGUCCCCAAAGAGCUUGACCCGGCUGAAGCAGCUCCUCUUCUCUGUGCUGGUAUCACUACUUUCAACGCCCUCCGUCACGUCCCAGACCUCAAAAAGGGCGAUCUUGUUGCUGUCCUCGGUCUUGGAGGUUUGGGCCAUCUCGGUAUUCAAUAUGCAAAACAAAUGGGCUACAAGGUCGUCGCACUCUCUCAAUCUGAUGCUAAAAAGGAGAUGGCCAUCAAGCUCGGUGCCGACAUCUACCUCGAUGGAUCAAAGGUGAACCAGGUCGAGGAGCUCAUGAAGCUCGGUGGAGCCAAGGUCAUUCUCGCCACUGCUCCUCAGGGUGAAGCUAUUGCGACUCUCCUCGGAGGACUCAAAGUCGGCGGUACCAUGCUUACUGUCGCUAUUGCUGAUCUCAAAUUCAGCACUGUCGCCCUCAUCGGCAAGCGUGCUUCUAUCAAGGGAUGGCCAUCAGGUCAUGCCAAAGACAGCGAGGAUGCAAUUGCCUUUGCGCAAAAGCACAACAUUAAGACCAUCGUUGAGAAGUUCCCUCUGGAGCAAGUCAACGAGGCAUAUAACAAGAUGCAGAGCGGCCAAGUCAAAUUCCGUGCUGUCUUGACUUUCUAA